UGACGCGCGCUGCUCAAAAGAGUUGAGCGAAGCAUCUGGAUCAAACAAGCGGCGGCUACGUUCGAUCUGACGGCAGAGGACAGAGGAGGGACAGACGACAACCGACCGACCCCGUACAGACUCGGACACAACUUGUUGAAACCACACUCCAGAGCGUCGGCGACGUCUGUCCAUCUCUGCCUCCUAUGAAAUUCGUCAUGCCCUAAAACUGUGCUGUGCUUCUCUCACUGCAGCACCUGUGAGAACUUGAAUCAUAAUGAAUCCGAUGUACAGCCCCUCACCAACAGGGAUCCCCUUUACCAAUACUAAGGGUCUGGGCUACCCAGCAGGGUUCCCUGUUGGCUACGCAGCAGCUCCAGCCUACAGUCACAAUGUCUACGCAGGAGCGAACGCAGCCUUCCCGGGUGGCUACGCUCCCGGCACUCCUUUCAAAAUGUCCUGCUCUCCCAACACGGGGACCGUCCCACCAUACUCCUCCUCACCCAACCCCUACCCUACUGCUAUUUACCCUGUCAGGAGCACCUACCCCCAACAUAACCCAUAUGCACAGGCGUUAAUGCCCUCACAACAGCAGGGCACCUACUACACACAGCCGCUGUAUGCAGCUCCGCCUCAUGUCAUUCAUCACACAACGGUGGUCCAGCCCAACGGGAUGCCUGCAGCCAUGUAUGCCCCAUCCAUCCCUCCUCCCCGCCACAACGGUGUCACCAUGGGGAUGGUAGCCGGCACCACCAUGGCCAUGUCCGCUGGAACUUUGUUGACAAAUCCAUCACCAGCGCCUGUUUCCCCCCACCAAGUCACGAUGCCCACAUAUCGGCAUCCGGGCACGCCCGGUUACAGCUAUGUGCCACCACAGUGGUGAAGAAAGGGAAGCGUCAGAAGAUGGUAGAUAUGCAUUCACACUCAACUCCAGUGAUUUUUGCUCUUGGAGAAGACCUGUUCUGCAAAAGUCUGAAACCAGUUACUCCUCUUCCAGCAUAAUGUGAAUCUAAAACCCAACUACAUAGAGAGAGGCCCAUUCAGACAGGGAAGUGGUGAAGUAUAGGCCCUGUCCCUAUGACCCCCCCCCCCCCCCCCCCCCCCCCCCCUCCUUAACAGAAUAUGAAUAUGACUGCAUCCCAGCGCCAGCACCUCUAAAACCUGCUGCAUAUCUCAUAUCAAACAGCAAAGCCUCCAUGCAAACUUUUUGUGGACUGUCAUGCAGGUUUUUAUAGCUUAAACUCGUAAGUGGUGAAAAGGGAGUUAGGAAAAAUUUUCUUUGUUAAUUUGGAGGACACAUAUGAUGUUGAAUGCAUGUGUAAAUAUAGAUAUAUGAAGUAAUGCUAGUUCAAUCUACCUGCUGUGACAGAUGCAAAAUCAACAAAAGGCACACAUCCAAAGGAACAAAAAAAGAAAAAGAAAAGUAAUAACCUCCAAUGCUGAAUCACCAGUGACCAUGUCUUAUUAUGUGAAGAAAAGACAAAAAAUGUUUGUUCAUGCAAAAACAUAUCUGCACAAUCCAGUGCAGACUAAACUGUGCGAUUUUCCACUGCUUUGUUUUUGGUAAGCGAUGCUAGUUUUUAUUGUUUCUUUCAGUGAUGCAGUGUAUGCAUUAUGUCUUACCAUUUUUGUAUUUUACGUGAAAGACGGGACUUUGAGUUUGUGCCUUGAACUGACGGCCAUUCCAACAAGUAAUCGCUUCAAGUGUUUUAUUUUGUUCUGUCCUGCCACAUGUUUUAACAAAAUUGUGUCAACGUUUCCAAAAGUCUGAAGUAGCUUUUGUUCCCUGCUUAAAACACUUUUGGGUGAUUUCAAUCUUUAGAAAUAUUCUCUGAUUUCAGCCACAUGUAUUUUGGGUGGGGAGCAAGCAGAGGAUUUUUCCCCCUCCAGUUCAUUAGCACCCGUUGAUUGAGCAGGAUCCUUGUUGUGUGUGAGAGAAUGUUGUGGGUGUGUGUGCUUGUAUGAAAGCACAUUCAACCAAUUAGAAAUGGUACCAUACGGUGCAACAUGAAUUUUCAACCUACAUGUUACAGUAGUCAGUUAGUCCUUAGGUUCGAAGCACUACAUCAUUAAAUCUCUGCUAACUGUGGACAUGUUAAGAAAUAAUGAUAAGGUUAAACUCCAUUCGUGAAUAGCACUUCUGAGUACAGGCACUAAUUGAAAACGGUUUGUAAAGAUAUCUGAGCUUUUUCACAUUGCUUACCUCAAGGUUCCAGGCUAACCCACCAAUGUAACCGUUUCAGACAUGCUUUUCUAUGUUGCUUCAGUCAACCUCAGUUGAACAAUCUGUUUUGUAAAUGUUAUUUUUGUGAUUUUGGUUCUUUUUUUGUAUUCUAAAGAAAGACCAAAAAUAAAAACAAAUAUAAGAACAA